AAGUUUUUAAAGUCCUGUGCUCACUCUCCACCACACCAGCAAUGGAGAUGUGCAUCUCGAGCUCCUUUCUUCUUUCUUUCUCUAUCCCGUCUCUGCGUUCUCAAAAACCCAAUUUCGUUUUUCCGAGAAAGACCCAUCGUUCCUGUUCUUCUUGUGCAAAUUUCUCUCUCCUCUCCCGUAGGUCAUUCUCUCUCCUCUUUCAGGCAUGUCCAGUUAUCUCCCUCUGCUCCCCCAAAGUUUCUUCAGCUUCUGCUGUGAUUUCCGACCAGUUUAUUGAGCUUCAGGGAUCUGGAGGUGUCAAAUACUUUGAUCUUCGAAAUGGUGAUGGAGCAUCUCCAGUCAAUGGCGACCAGGUUGCCAUACACUAUUAUGGAAGAUUAGCGGCGAAACAAGGAUGGCGAUUUGAUUCUACCCAUGAUCACAAGGAUGAAAUGGGAGACCCCAUUCCUUUUGUGUUUACUCUAGGAUCUGGCAACGUAAUUUCAGGGAUUGAAGCGGCUGUGAAGUCAAUGAAAGUAGGAGGCAUUCGCCGGGUCAUUGUUCCACCAUCUCAAGGAUAUCAAAACACAUCUCAAGAGCCCAUACCUCCAAAUUUUUUUGACAGACAAAGGCUGUUCACAACCAUUUUUAAUCCUACUCGUCUUGCCAAUGGGGAAGGCUCUACGUUGGGCACCCUUAUAUUUGACAUAGAGUUACUUAGCAUUAGGCAUUCAUAAAAUCAACAUUGGAGUUAUAUAUCAGAGAGAGAGAGAGAGAGAGAGAGAGAGCAGAGAGAGAGAGUAAUUAAAGAGCUAUUUGCCAGCCAAAAAAGUGUCAUUAAUGAUAGACUCCCCCCCCAAAAAAAAAAAUGAACAGAGCUGACCUAGUUCUUCGAAGUGAGGAGAAACUGAGAAAUGUUUGAUUAAAUAAGUUUCUCGUUGUAUCUAUAUUUUGCAUUUGAUUGAUAAAAUCCAAGGUUCUUUAAGUAAU